GCUCUGGUUGAGGGCGGUGUUUGCAGUUUAGCUAUGCGGCCCCAGCUCUUGCGGGGUGCUGCUCGGUGUUUGUGGGCCCGCAAGAUUGUCAGCCCGGCCCGCCGGCACCUCAACUGCGGUAGCCUGCCGCUGGAGGAGCUGUUCGCCCGCGGCGGGCCCUUACGGACCUUUCUGGAGCGCCAGGCUGGGUCUGAAGCCCAGUUGCAGGUCAGGGGGUCUGAGCUGCUGGCGACGGCUAAACUGCUGAGCGAGAAGGAGCGGGAGCUGCAGGAGACCGAGCACUUGCUACACGAUGAAAAUGAAGACUUAAGGAAACUUGCAGAGAAUGAAAUAUCCUCCUGCCAAAAUGAAAUAACUCAGUUGAAGCAUAAGAUUAUUUUACUUUUGGUUCCCUCAGAAGAAACAGAUGAAAGUGAUUUGAUCCUGGAGGUAACUGCUGGAGUUGGGGGUCAGGAGGCAAUGUUGUUUACUUCAGAGAUGUUUGAUAUGUAUCAGCAAUACGCUGCAUUUAAAAGGUGGCAUUUUGAAACCCUGGAAUAUUUUCCAAGUGAAAUAGGUGGCCUUAGACAUGCAUCUGCCAGCAUUGGGGGUUUAGAAGCCUAUAAGCACAUGAAAUUUGAAGGAGGUGUGCACAGGGUACAAAGAGUGCCGAAGACAGAGAAGCAAGGCCGCAUCCACACUAGCACCAUGACUGUAGCAAUCUUACCCCAACCGACCGAGAUUAAUCUGGUAAUUAACCCAAAAGAUUUGCGAAUUGAUACUAAGCGAGCCAGUGGAGCUGGAGGACAGCAUGUAAAUACCACAGACAGUGCUGUCCGGAUAGUUCAUCUUCCAACAGGUGUUGUUUCUGAAUGCCAACAAGAGAGAUCUCAACUGAAAAACAGAGAGAUGGCUAUGAAAAAGCUACGUGCAAAACUGUACAGCAUGUAUCUAGAGGAAGAAACAAGGAAAAGAUACAGUGCUAGAAAGAUUCAGGUUGGAACUAAAGGAAGGUCAGAGAAAAUAAGAACAUAUAAUUUUCCACAGAACCGGGUCACAGAUCACAGAAUAAACAAGUCACUUCAUGAUCUUGAAACUUUUAUGCAAGGGGGGUAUCUACUGGAUGAACUUGUACAGUCCUUGAAGGACUAUGCUGAUUAUGAAUCUUUAGUAGAAAUUAUUUCCAAAAAAGUCUGACUUAUUAAAGACUUUUAUAGCUUUUGAAAAUUCAUAGCAAA